GAAAAUGUAACCCCCGUUUUGACUUUCUUUUUGACCCAAGCCGGAGCCAAAGGCCAUGCCCCACUGGGACAAUUGGGAGAGGCCCAAAGAAGAAUUCCGUCUGAUCCGGAAGUUGGACUCAGGCUACUUUGGGCAAGUCUACGAGGGACUUUGGAAAGAGAAAGUGAAAGUUGCUAUCAAAGUGUUACAGAGAGCCGAUCUGACGUGCCAGGACACCUUCAGAAAUGAGAUCGAGGCCCUGAGGUUGUUGAAGCACAAGAACAUUCUUUCCCUCUACGCCAUCUGCUCGGCCGGGGAUCCCGUCUACAUCAUCACUGAAAUCAUGACCAAAGGGAACUUGCUCGCGUUCCUGAGAG